AUGGCACUAAGUUAUGAAUACGAUGAAGGGAGCGAGACGUGGCCGUUCUUUCUGCUGACUUUGCUGCUGAUGGUGCUGGUGCCGAUGACCAUACGUCAGUUGUACAAGCUGACCAAGAGCACGGAUGCGGUGAGCGAGCUCGGUGAGAACAAGGAGUUGCAGGACAAGUACACGGAGCUGAACAAGGAGCUCGAGAGUUCUAGUGUUAGAAAGUUCAGGGAGCAGUGGGCUACGAAGCUUAUGGACCCCGGCAACGGGUUGUUCUCAUUCACCAACUUGAUGCUGUUUAUCGGGUGGGUGUCUGUCGCGUUGCUGAUCCAGCGUAUCGCGGCCAACACGGAGACGAUCACGCAGUCUAUGGCCCAGAUGUUUGACCCUUACGACCUGCUGGGUAUCUCCCCUAGCGCAUCAGACAAGGACAUCAAGUCCGCGUAUAGGAGGCUGUCCCUGAAGUUCCACCCGGAUAAGAUGUCGAAGGAGCUGUCCGCAGAGGAGAGAACAGCCAUGGAAGAGAUGUACGUGCAGAUCUCCAAGGCCCACGAGGCACUUACUGACCCUAUAGUGAGGGAGAACUACCUGAAGUACGGCCACCCUGACGGUCCACAGUCCACUACCCACGGUAUCGCCAUCCCAAGCUUCAUGGUCUCCGGGUCCGCCUCACCUCUGCUUGUGAUCUUCUACGUGUCUUUGCUGGGUGUCGUGCUGCCAUACUUGGUCGGUAAGUGGUGGACCAGAACCCAGUCCUACACCAGAAAGAACAUCCAUGUCAACACCGCUUCGUACUUGGUCGAUAGAUUGGUCAAUUACAAGCCAUCAGAGAUCGUCACCGUGAACUUGAUCGUCCAAUGGAUCUCACACGCGCAGGAGUUCAAGAAUUUUUACCCUAACCUAAACAGCAAGGAUUUCGAGAAAUUGCUACAGGACCACAUCCACCGUCGUGACAGCGGCUCAGAGGAGAAGAACCAGAUCAAAUACAGAAUCGUCUCCAAGUGUCAUUCUAUCUUGCAUGGCCUGCUUGACAUCGCAGCUGGUUUCAGAAACCUGGACGUCGCUAUCAGUACUUUGGACACGUUCAAGUGUAUUGUCCAAGCCUUGCCAAAUACCAACAACGGUGAAAUUCUACAAUUGCCAAACGUUGACAAAGAGGUAUUCGAGAAGGCUGCAGCUAAGGAAAACGUUCACACUCUGGGCAAACUGUUCACUUUUGAAGAUAAGAAGAUUGGCGAAAUACUGGGUAUUGAGGAUAAACAGUUGCUACAGCAGACAUUGUCCGUAGCUUCCAACAUCCCAUUUUUGAAAUUGAUCAGAGCAGAUUUUGUUGUUCCUGGUGAACCUGCUGUGACUCCAUCUUCCACCCCAUACAUCUCUUUGAAAGUGCUUGUGCGCUCCGCAAAGCAAAAACUGAUCCCAACAGAGAAAUUCCCAGCUGAAAUGCUUGAGGAAAAGACUGAUUUUGAAUCUCUAAGAGAUCCAUUUGCCUCCAUGCUAGAACAACCGCUAGUUCCACAAACUUUGUCCCCACACUUCCCUGUCGAAAGGAAAUCCUCUUGGGUGGCAUUCCUAUGUUUCCAAAAGGACUUAAAGAUUCUACAAACUCCAGUGAACAUUGACCGCCUGUCUUUCAAGAACUUAUCCAAGCAUUUGGACAAAAGAGAGAUCAAAGAACUUGGAAAGGACUUCAAUGCCGAGGACUGGGAGAUUGGUACCAUCAAAAUCCCAUUAAGUCAACCAGCCCCACCAAAGCCAGAGACUGUGUACUUCAGAAUUGUUCUCAAGAACACCGAUUACUUUGGCCCAGACUUAGAUUUCACCAUGACCAUGAAUGUCCAGGAUGAAGCUCACGUCUCAAAGCCAACCAUUGAAGAAGAACUAGAGAAAGACAUCGCUCAAGAAUACGACUCCAGUGAUGAAGACGAAGACGAAAGUGAUGUAGAUGACGAAGAUGAAAGCGAUAGUGAUUACACAGAUAUUGACACUGACACAGAAGCUGAGUCAGAUUCUGAUUGA